GCGACUGUCGUCCCUCUUGUCAACACUACUGGACGGCGACUCUCAGUCGGCGGGACGGAAAGGGCAGGGUUGACCGGCAGGGCCCACACUCAACCCUGGUGGGUCGGGAUAUGGAGUCAAGGAGGAAAAUGUUUCCCAACUUGAUGAAGAUCAACGCAUACGUGAAGGACUACUGCAAGAGGAACGGCCUGCUGACUCUUUCAGUGUUUGCGGUGGUAACAGGCUGUGUGCUCGGAUUCUUCCUAAGGUCACUCAACCUGUCUACGCAGGCCAAGAUCUACUUUUCCUUCCCCGGGGAGCUGCUGAUGAGGAUGUUAAAGAUGCUGAUUCUGCCCCUCAUCACCUCCAGUCUUAUGUCCGGUUUGUCAGCCAUGGACACAAAGGCCAGCGGUCGCCUGGGUGUCCUGACCGUCACCUACUACCUGUGGACCACCUUCAUAGCGGUCAUCGUCGGCAUCGUGUUGGUCCUCAUUAUCCACCCGGGCACGGGCGCCGACAAGGACGGCCACCACGCGCACUCUGGUCCGGUUAUGACUUCGGCUGAUGCUCUGUUGGACCUCAUCAGGAACAUGAUCCCGUCCAAUCUCAUCGAAGCUACCUUCCAGCAGGUAAGAGGAUCAAGUCCUGGGGCUCCUCCUCCUCCUCCUCCUCCGUCACACCCUUUAACGCUCUUCCUUGUCCGACAACAGUACCGAACGGACCUGAUACCGAUCGUGCAGAGCGCCAACACCAAAGAGUCGCAGGCCAACUACGUCUACGUCAUGCCCGACUACCACAACCCUCGCCUGGGACACCCCGUCUUCCUGGAGAUCACCCCGGCGCCCGACGUCAAGUACAAGAUGGUGCCCAGCACCAGCAAAGGCAUGAACGUCCUCGGCAUCGUCAUCUUCUCAGCCACCAUGGGCCUGCUGCUGGGCAAGAUGGGCGAGCGAGGAGCGCCGCUGGUCAACGUGUGUCAGUGCAUCAACGAGUGCGUCAUGAAGAUCAUCAACGCCGCUAUGUGGUACUUCCCUUUUGGGAUCGUGUUCCUGGUGGCAGGGAAGAUUCUGGACAUGCAUGACCCCGCCCACUUGGGGGAAAAACUGGGCAUGUACUUCAUCACGGUUCUGUCCGGCCUCUUUGUGCACGGCCUCGUCCUGCUGCCGCUCUUCUACUACUUCUUCACCCGCAAAAACCCCUUCACCUUCAUCCGGGGUCUGCUGCAGGCUCUCGUCAUCGCCUUGGCCACAUCGUCAAGCUCGGCCACCCUCCCCAUCACCAUGAAAUGUCUGUUGGAGAACUGCGGAGUGGACCGGCAGAUCGCUCGCUUCGUGUUACCCGUGGGAGCAACCAUCAACAUGGACGGGACGGCGCUGUAUGAGGCGGUGGCAGCCAUCUUCAUAGCUCAAGUCAACGAGUACGACUUGGACUUUGGCCAGCUGGUCACCAUCAGCAUCACAGCCACAGCAGCGAGCAUCGGGGCGGCAGGGAUACCGCAAGCCGGUCUGGUAACCAUGGUGAUAGUCCUGACCUCUGUGGGGCUACCGCCUGCUGACAUCUCCCUGAUUGUGGCCAUCGAUUGGGUUCUCGAUCGCUUCAGGACCAUGAUCAACGUCCUCGGCGACGCCUUAGCAGCGGGGAUCAUGGCGCAUGUGUGCAAGAAAGACUUCGAGAGGGCGGCUGCUGCCGAAGCUGCGACCGUUGCUGCCAACUCGUCCGUCGUCAGUAAGGGAGGAGGACCCAAACGGAGAGACACGGUGAUCUCGGUGGGCAACCAGAGCGUGACACUGUCGGACGCGCCCCUGAUGGCACACCGCUGCGAUUUCGUAUUCGAGGUGGACGGAGACAACGUCCUGGAGAAACCUGUGGGCUGCUACAACCUCUGCCAAGUCUAGAGACACUCACGUCAGCAGUGCUCCAACUCACAGGAGACCACAGUGCCAUGCCUAAGGAGAAACCUUCACUACUUGAUGCAUCUUUUCAAUCGUCCGUCUGCAGCCAGUAGCGACUUCGGCUUUUAGACCUCCACCGUAGGGAUUGUGCUAGCUAGACUCCCAGUCAUGUUGCCUUAAAGUGGUCUCACCCAAACUGGGACAGCAGCAGCUGACUGACAAGCAGGGACAUUUUGCCCAAGCUGCGACCCUGGUACACAAUGAAAACCGCAACAUUUUCUUAGAAGUCACAUUAGGAGGGUUGUUUUUAUACCGAUGGUUGUUGUUUUUUUGUCUGCUUGUGUUUUCCAAAUAAAA